ACGCUGAGCCUGCAGGCCGACAGUCAUGUUUAAAUGUGAACCCAGACAAAGAGCUGGCAACGACUUCUUUAUCAAGUCUAUUGCUGACGGUGCCGCUGAAAAGCGUAGGACCACGUUUUUCAGAGUGGGUAUUACCUUAGGGAUACUAUCUGCACACUUUGGGGGAGCGCGGAUUCUUGACCAGAAGGCUCACGCGUUGGAUAUGGGGAAGGAUUACUAUAAAAUCUUGGGCAUUCCAUCUGGGGCCAAUGAAGAUGAAAUCAAGAAAGCAUAUCGCAAAAUGGCUCUCAAAUACCAUCCUGAUAAGAACAAAGACGCCAACGCAGAGGACAAAUUCAAGGAGAUUGCAGAGGCCUACGAUGUGCUGAGUGACCCUAAAAAGAGGGCUGUGUAUGAUCAGUAUGGAGAGGAAGGUCUGAAGACAGGCGGAGGAUCUUCUGGUAAUACUGGGAGCUCUUUUCACUACACCUUCCAUGGAGACCCCCAUGCCACCUUUGCCUCAUUCUUUGGUGGAUCCAACCCUUUUGAUAUUUUCUUUGGCUCAAGUCGCUCCAGGAUGUCUAAUGGCUUUGAUCACGAGGAUAUGGACAUUGAGGAAGAUGAUGAUGACCCCUUUGGUCGUUUUGGCUUUAAUGGAAUAAAUGGGUUCCAUCGGCGGCACCCAGAUCAGCUGCAUUCCCGUCGCAAGGUGCAGGAUCCACCUGUGAUACAUGAGCUGAAAGUGUCCUUGGAAGAGAUUUACCAUGGCUGCACCAAACGCAUGAAAAUCACACGGCGGCGGUUAAACCCAGAUGGUCGCUCGCUGAGAACUGAGGACAAGAUCCUUAAUGUGGUGAUCAAGAAGGGAUGGAAGGAAGGAACAAAAAUUACAUUUCCUAAGGAAGGGGACGCUACGUCUGAGAACAUCCCUGCGGAUAUUGUGUUUCUAUUGAAGGAUAAACCACACGCACAUUUUAAGAGGGACGGCUCCAACAUUGUAUAUACCGCUAAGAUCACUUUGAAAGAGGCUUUAUGCGGCUGCACUGUGAACAUCCCUACUAUCGAUGGUCGCGUCAUCCCUCUACCCUGCAGUGACGUCAUCAAGCCAGGAACCGUAAAACGACUGCGGGGAGAAGGACUGCCCUACCCAAAAGUGCCGACGCAGCGGGGUGACUUGAUUGUGGAGUUCCAAGUCCGCUUCCCAGACAGAAUACCCCAACCCACACGGGAACUGCUCAAACAACACUUACCGUGCUCCUAGUGUCCUCUGGGGUCUCAAGCAAUACUCCAUGGGCUUGUGCCAAGUCAUUCAACUGAAUACUGACUCCACAUUCAGAUACUACCGUUGCCAAUCUGGUCAAUGUGCAUUCUAUGCAGAAGUCAUCUUUUUAUAAGUCAAAUAUACAAGGGACACACAUUACAUUUUCAGUUUUUCUAUGUUGUUUUUUUUUCUGCCGUGUCUACACUCCAGGAUACGUUAUCGGGUCACUCUGCCACGACAAGGAGAUAAAGGAAACGCAGGAUCUGUCUCCUUUACUUUUCUCUUAAUCCUGCCUUUUAACCUCUGCACAAUUUUUAGAUCACUCUUCCUUUAAAGGCUUAAAAACUAAAUUGGUUUGUUGCAUUUUACAUUUAGAAUGAACUUUCGGGCGAUAGCAUUGAAAAUAAAAAGAUGCAUCCCCAGCGGACAGUUAACCUUUAUAAACACUAGCUACAAACUGAUGAACUUAGUAAAUUACUUUUAAAGAACUUUUUUAAAAGAAAUAAUAGAAUUUGUAAAUAUAAUUUAAAAUUGAUGGUGGUUUUAAUAUUUAUACGCACUAAACAAAAAUAAAGGGAGAAAAUCCUGGA